CUCUCUCCCAUUCAUAUUUCCUCAUCUCUCUAACAUCUCUCUCUCUAUAGCUUCCCUUCUCUCUCAAUUCUUCUCUAAUGGCCACUAUUGAGGUUGAAUCAGCAGCUACACCUUUGCCGGAGGUGGUGAAGGCAGAGGCUGAGGAGUUUGCAGCACCCGCCAAGGCUGAGGACGAUGCCGAACCAGAGGCUGAGACUGAGGAGGCUGCAGCACCCGCCAAAGCCGAGGACGAUGCCGAACCCGAGGCUGAGGAGGCUGCAGCACCCGCCAAGGCCGAGGAUGAUGCCGAACNACCCGAGGCGGAGGAGGCUGCAGCACCCGCCAAGGCCGAGGACGAUGCCGAGCCAGAGGCUGAGCCUGAGGAGGCUGCAGCACCCGCCAAGGCCGAGGACGAUGCUGAGCCAGAGGCUGAGCCUGAGGAGGCUGCAGCACCCGCCAAGGCCGAGGACGAUGCUGAGCCAGAGGCUGAGCCUGAGGAGGCUGCAGCACCCGCCAAGGCUGAGGACGAUGCCGAGCCAGAGGCUGAGACUGAGGAGGCUGCAGCACCCGCCAAAGCCGAGGACGAUGCCGAACCCGAGGCUGAGGAGGCUGCAGCACCCGCCAAGGCCGAGGAUGAUGCCGAACCCAAGGCUGAGCCUGAGGAGGCUGCAGCACCUGCCAAGGCCGAGGACGAUGCCGAACCCGAGGCUGCAGCACCGGCCAAGGCUGAGGACGAUGCCGAACCCGAGGCUGCAGCACCGGCCAAGGCCGAGGACGACGCCGAACCAGAGGCGGAGAAAGAGGUACCCUUUGAAGAAAAGGAAGCAGCAUAAUAGAGAUGAGAUGGAAAAGGGCAUUAUUGGAGAAUGUAUGAUCUCAGCUUUGUGCAUGAGUCAACUAGUUUAAUUUAUGUGCUGUUUUUUUUUUUUUUUUUUUUUUUUU